AGCGGCAUUCUUCUUUCGCCCCCCGCAUCGCUUCCGGCGGAAGCAAAAAGGGGCCGAGAGGACUGCGAAAGCCAUCCGAAAGCACACCCCACGAGUGACCCGAACGGAAAGGGGGGAAAAACCCUAGAAAAAACCCGCAUAAAGCGAGGGAGGCGGGAGCUAGCCUGGCCUGGUGGAUCCGAUGGCGGGUGCCACGUGCUGCUAGAUCUCGCGCUUGUGGCGGCAAUGGCGACGCGGCCGGCUUCGCGGCAACGGAAGGCGUCCCCGGCGGCGGCGGCGGCGAAGAGUUCGCAGCAGCAGCAGCAGCAGCCGCAGUCGGGCUCGCCGACGUCGUCCGCGACCACCUCGUCGUCGCGGCUCACGCCGGAGAUGUCGGUUGACGGGCCCGCGUCCCCGCUGUUCGCUGGGCUGGACGAGGACCCGGGGACGAAGGAGAAUGUCACCGUCACCGUCCGCUUCCGGCCGCUCAGCCCGCGGGAGAUUCGGCAGGGCGAGGAGGUCGCGUGGUAUGCCGACGGCGACACGGUCGUGCGGAGCGAGCAGAACCCCAACGUCGGAUAUGCUUACGAUCGUGUUUUUGCACCGACUACUACAACCCGGCAAGUAUAUGAUGUUGCAGCUCAGCAUGUUGUCAGUGGUGCCAUGGAGGGAAUAUAUGGAACAAUAUUUGCAUAUGGUGUUACAAGCAGUGGAAAGACACAUACGAUGCAUGGAGAUCAAAGGUCCCCAGGAAUAAUACCUUUGGCUGUCAAAGAUGCAUUUAGCAUUAUACAAGAGACGCCAAAUCGCGAGUUUCUUCUUCGUGUGUCAUACUUGGAAAUUUAUAACGAGGUUGUCAAUGAUCUACUCAAUCCUGCAGGGCAGAGCUUACGAAUUAGAGAGGAUCCCCAGGGAACGUUUGUUGAGGGUAUCAAAGAAGAAGUAGUAUUGUCUCCUGCUCAUGCUCUGUCCCUUAUUGCAGCUGGAGAAGAGCAUAGACAUGUUGGGUCCACUAACUUCAAUCUACUAAGUAGCAGAAGUCAUACAAUUUUUACACUGACAAUAGAGAGCAGCUCUUAUGGCGAGUCUAAUGAAGGGGAAGCAGUCACCUUCUCACAGCUGAACCUCAUCGACCUGGCAGGUUCAGAGAGCUCAAGGGCUGAAACAACUGGAGUACGCCGAAAGGAAGGAUCUUAUAUCAAUAAAAGCUUGCUAACUCUUGGAACGGUGAUAUCAAAACUGACUGAUGGAAAAGCUACACAUAUUCCAUUUCGAGAUUCGAAACUAACACGUCUGCUUCAGUCAUCCUUGAGUGGACAAGGGCGUGUUUCACUAAUUUGCACAGUGACCCCAGCAUCGAGUAACUCGGAAGAGACCCACAAUACUCUAAAAUUUGCCCACCGCGCAAAGCGCAUUGAGGUCCAAGCAUCACAAAACAAAAUUAUUGAUGAAAAGUCUUUAAUAAAGAAAUACCAGAACGAGAUUCGCAGAUUAAAGGAGGAGCUAGAACAGCUCAAAAUGGGUAUUAUUACUGGAACUCCGUUAAAAGAUGCUGAAGAAGAUAAUAUCAUCCUUUGGAAACAAAAGCUAGAAGAUGGUAACGUCAAGCUGCAAUCAAGACUGGAACAAGAGGAGGAAGCUAAAUCUGCUUUGCUUGCAAGGAUACAGCGUCUCACAAAACUUAUCCUGGUCUCCACUAAGGCAACCCAGACUUCUAGAUUCUCUCCACAUCCUGGACCAAGAAGAAGACACUCUUUUGGAGAAGAGGAGCUGGCUUACCUCCCGUACAGAAGGCGAGAUAUCAUUUUGGAUAACGAAAGUACUGAAUUACUCACUUCUGGUGAAGGAUUUGGUGUGACACUUGAAGACUCCUCGAAGGAGGAAAAAAAGAAUCGAAAAGGACUUCUUAACUGGUUCAAACUUCGGAAACGUGAUGCUGGUGGAGCUUCUACUCUGACAAGUUCAGAAUGUGACAAGUCCAGUUUGACUAAAUCAACCGCUCCUUCAACACCUAUUGGGGAGAGUCUGAAUUUUCAUGCAGAACCAAGAAUAUCUAAUUCCUUCGUUGCUGAUAGUGUAUCGGCUGAUAUGUUGAGCAUUGGCAAUGGGGAAUUUCCUUCUGACGGUCUUCAUGGAGAAGAAACCCCUCUGGUCAGCACAAGAACAAUAGACCACGUUGACUUACUAAGGGAGCAAUUGAAGAUAUUGUCAGGGGAGGUGGCGUUUCAUACAAGUGUUCUAAAGCGCCUUACGGACGAAGCUGGAAAAAACCCAAAUAGCGAGAAAAUUCAGAUGAAAAUGAAGAAGACCAGUGACGAAAUUAAGGGAAAGCAGCAUCAGAUAGCAUCAUUAGAAAAACAGAUACCUCAUUCCAUGUCAAAUAGUCAAGUGAAGGAUGAAAAAUCAGAACUUUCACCGUCUUAUGCUGAACUACUUGAGCAACUCAAUGAGAAAUCCUUUGAACUUGAGGUGAAGGUAGCAGAUAACAGAGUAAUACAAGACCAGCUGCAGGAAAAGACAAGUGAAUGCUUAGAAUUACAAGAUGCCGUUUCUCGCCUGAAAGAACAUCUUUCUCAAGCUCUUCAGGCUAAUGAUUCACUGUCAAAUAGCAUUAUGACACAGCAGAGUGCAGGAGUAAACCAUGAAGAUCAACAUCAUGUUGACCAAGGAAAAUCUGUUCCCAAAGAGAUCUCUGCUGAACCACUGCAAAAAGAGCAGCAGAAUUUUCAGUCAGUUGAGAUUGGUGAGCUAAAGCAAAGGUUGUGUGAACUCACCGAAGUCAAAGCUCAACUUGAGGUUCGUAAUCAGAAGCUACUAGAGGAAAGUACAUACGCGAAAGGCUUGGCUUCAGCUGCAGGAGUGGAAUUGAAAGCGCUGUCAGAAGAAGUCACCAAACUUAUGAAUCAAAACGAGAAGCUUGCUUCUGAGUUGGCAUCGCUGAGAAGCCCAACCCCUCGCAGGGUAAGCAACGGACCCAGAGGUACUACUAGGAGGGAUAGCAUGAGUAGACGACAUGAACCAGCUAGCAGAAGAGAUGGCAAUGCAAGCCACGAGAGGGAGAGAGUUUUAGAAACUAUCCUUGCGGAGAAGGAGCAAAAGGAAGCAGAACUUCAACGAAAGGUUGAGGAAUCAAAGCAAAAAGAAGCCUUCCUGGAAAGUGAGCUUGCGAACAUGUGGGUUCUAGUGGCAAAAUUGAAGAAGUCUCAUGGGGAUGACCAAGAAGAUUUGGAGGCCAAAUAUAAUGGCUCCUAAGUACCUUAACAAAGGUUAAUCAAUCAUCAAAGGUCUGUUUUUGCUUGGGUACGGGUUUUCUGUAUGUAUGUGAGUGAUUUAUGUUGGUUUUCUUUUUCUCAUUGUGGAUUAGUAUGUCCUGUAUAUUCUUGGCUGACCAAAGUUGUGGGUAGUGCCUAGUAUAGAGUGGUGUGCUAACAACUGCUGAGAGCUGCCUAUCAUUGCUGUAUUGAGAUUUUGGAUCCCCCUUCCACGUGGUGGCUGCAACCAAGAAGUUUUCAGGUGGCUGUACCAGAUAUCUAACAUAGUGUGACCUGUAUUACGUAUGCUAAUCCUGCAGUUUGAAGAACAUCGAACUGGAAUGUGUAUAUUAUGGGUGAAUUCCCUUCGUGUUAUGAUAAGAUCACAACUCUUGGUUUUGUAAAAUGCCACGUUGAUUUUUAUUGUACGUCAAUUCUGGAGA